GUUGCUAGGACGCGGCGGCGGGGGACGUGUUCCCCGCAGCAAGGGGCCGCCGCUAUGACGGGCCCCGACCCCCAGGCCCUGGCUUGUAUGAUAUUUUAUGCGCAGGAAAAAUAUUUCAACCAUGCGAUGCGUACGGCAAGUUUUGAACUGGAUGAGCGCGCCGGUGGUCCCGUGUGGCUGUUUUUCAAGGCGUAUGCAGCGUUACAUUUAGGUCAAAUACAAGAUGCUAUUUUGUGGCUGGAGGAUGCCAGAAAGUGUCACACCGAUAUGUCAUUGUGUUGCCUUUUGGCACUCAUUUAUGCACACAAAAGAUGUGAAGCCAUUGAUCGUGAGGCUGUUUUGGAGCUGGAGAACAAAUUCAAGGAAACUCGGAAGAAUACAGGGACUAAUGCAUUGUACUAUGCAGGAAUGUUUCUAUGGCUAAUGGGUAAAAAUGAUAAAGCAGUUGAAUACAUUGACAGAAUGCUGAAAAUGUCUAAUGGAUCUAGAGAGGGCCUUGUGCUUAAAGGAUGGGUGUACUCCACCUCUGACAAACCGAAUGCUGUUAAGAAAUCUAUCAAAUACCUAGAUGAAGGGACACAAGAUACUACUGAUAUAUUUGGGAUGAUGGGAAAGAUAAGAUAUUUCAUGAUGCAUCAGAAUUAUUCAGCUGCUCUGGAAGUUGUUAAUCAAAUAAUAAUCACUUACCCCAGUUUCAUGCCAGCAUUAAUCCUAAAGAUGAGGCUAUAUUUAGCUCAGCAAAACUGGGAGCAAACUUUAGAGACUGCACAAAGGUAGGUUUUGAUAAAAAAUAUAAACUUAUUCAUUACUAAUUAUUCUUCCUCUCAUUCCCAGGUUAUAGUGCAGUUGGCUCAUCUUUAUUUGCUAUAUGGAGACAUCGAGUCAUGUGAACAUCAGUGUGCUCUGCUUCUUCAAGAAGACAACAGCAAUGAAAUUGCAGCAAUGAUGAUGGCAGAUCUUAUGUUUAGAAAACAAAAGUAUGAACAAGCUAUAUACCUUUACCAGAAGGUUCUGGAUAAAGCACCAGAUAACUUCUCAGUCAUGGAAAGAUUAAUUGAUUUGCUAAGAAGAAGUGGUAAGCUUGAUAAAACUACAUUCUUCUUUGAAAUGGCAAGGAAACAUUCAACUCGAAUACCUUUAGAGCCUGGUUAUAACUACUGCAAAGGACUUUACUGCUGGCACAUGGGACAACCCAAUCAAGCACUGAAGUAUUUCAACAAAACUCGAAAGGACAGUGAGUGGGGCCAGAGAGCCAUCAGCAGUAUGAUUCAGAUUUGUCUAAAUCCUGAUAAUGAGAUAUUAGGAGGAGACGUGUUUGAAGGCCUUAAUGAAGAGAACAGUAACUUGAAAGAGAAACAAGAAGCUCAGCAACAUGGGGUGUGUACAGCUGAGAAACUACUGAAGGAGUUUUAUCCUCGAUCCCAAGAUGAUCAAAAUCAACUAAAGAUGCUACAGAACUACUGUUUGAUGACCACUAAAGACAAAAGUAAUGUGGAGAAAGCUCUUAGUGCAUUUAUAGAAAUGGCCCAAAAUGAGAGAGAAAGUGUUCAAGCCAUUUUGGCAAUGGCCCAAGCCUACAUGAUCCUUAAGCAGACUCCUAAGGCUAGAACCCAACUAAAACGGUUAGCUAAAGCUAACUGGACUGUGUCAGAUGCAGAAGAGUUGGAAAAAAGUUGGAUUUUACUGUCUGAUAUAUACUGCAACAGUGGAAAGUAUGAUCUUGCAAUGGAGCAACUGAAACGCUGUUUACAAUACAACAAGUCGUGUUCAAAAGCUUAUGAAUACAUGGGUUUUAUUAUGGAGAAAGAACAGGCCUAUAAGGAUGCUGCAGCUAAUUACAAAUUAGCUUGGAAAUAUAGUAAUCAAGCAAACCCUGCCAUUGGUUUUAAACUUGCUUUCAAUUACCUAAAAGAUAAGAGAUAUGUGGAAGCAAUAGAAGUUUGUCAUGAUGUCUUGAAGGUGUGCCCAAGUUACCCCAAAAUUAGAGAAGAGAUUUUGGAAAAGGCUCAAAGAGGUCUCAAACCCUAAAAAUAGAGUUCUUUUUUAAUAUAAAAUGUUCCGACAUAGAAAUAUGUCACAUACUAGAAAUAAAAACGUAUCUUCAGUAAGGAUUAUGAAUUUUAGACUUUCUAAAGGGGCUGGACAACCUGUGAAUGGCAAUGGCGUUCUUCCCACUGUUUCAGCAUGGUUUCAAAACCCAAAGACUAAACAUCAUUGCUGUUUGCCCUCCCCGUUUUUCCUGUCACCUAUUUUAGUCACUUAGUGUGACUAAACCCCUCAUUUCAGCAAUGGCUAUUGGGGUGGAGGAAGUGAGUGGCAUUAACUCCCAGGUUUCCACAGCUGCAUUGAAACAGUAGUUCCAAGGGCCAUGGGCAUUAACGUCACUGCUUCAGGGGCUUUGGCAAGCGUAACGACAAGCCCGUAAGUCAAAUCAGACCUGUGAAGGAGGGUAGUCCAGCCUACGAGAAACUGGCUGGAUCUAGUCUGCAGGCUGUAUGCUUAACACCGCUACUUUAGAGCAUUCCUGGGGCCUCACAGACCUAUUAAAUGUAACAUUUCAAGUUCUUUUACCAAAUAUGGGCUAUAUUUUAUAGUUAAUAACACUAAACCAUCUUUUUUGAAAAAAAUGUAUUAAUCUAUUCACUAAAAAUAAAUGAGCAAGUACUAUACUGUGA